AUGCAGGGAUGCGCAGUAAACAGCAGUAAUAAAAUAUGGAUUUUCUGGAGUACUGACCUGAUUUGUGAUGUGUAUGCUAAUGAUGAACAGAUGCUCACUUGCAAGAUCCAUACCUCUAGUAAUAAUUCGUUCAUCUAUCUCUCGGUGGUUUAUGCUAAAUCUAGAUCUCUGGCUAGAGAGCAGCUAUGGGAACACAUGAGAGUUCUUGCCUCUACUUUCAAUAAUCCUUGGAUGGUUUGUGGGGACUUUAACAGUAUUUUAGGUCCUGAAGAGAAACUUGGAGAAUGCCUUAUUGACUGUGGGCUUGUUGACAUGGGUUAUAAUGGAAACGCUUUUACAUGGUGCAAUGAAAGGAAAAUGGAGGAUAUCAUCUGGAAAAGAUUAGACCGAAUGCUUGCUAAUGAUGAUAUGGGAUCUAUGUUCUCCUCCAUCUCUGUCCAACAUCUUGCUAGGGAAGAUUUUCAAGAUACCGUCAAAGAACAAUGGAAUCAGAAUAUUUAUGGUAACAUUUUUUGGUCAAUCCAACAGAAAAUGAAAAAAGUGAGCAAAGCCCUCAGUGAGUGGUCAAGAAACAAGAUUGGUGACAUAUUCAUUAAAGCUAACCAACUGGAGGAGUUUGUCAUUCAACAAGAGGAGAAAUAUAUGAAUACUUUAGACCAAACUGACAGAAUGCUUUUAAAUAAGGCUAAGGCCGAUGUGGUUCUUCAUCAUAAAAAGGUGGAUGCUUAUUGGAGACAGAAAGCCCAUCUCGAGUGGCAAUUAGAGGGUGACGAAAAUACUAAAUUCUUUCACUCGGUGGUAAGGGGAAGAAGGCAUCAUAUGAGGAUCCAAAGAAUUAAAUAUGACGAUGAAUGGAUAGAAGAAGAAGAGGAUAUUGCUAGAGCUGCUAUUAACUUUUACCAGAAUCUCUUUACCCAAAAUCACACUUAUAUUGAUCUCAGCAUCCUGGACUGCAUUCCUAACCUUGUCACCUGUGAGGACAACCAGAUUCUCAACGAGGAAAUCUCUAGCAAAGAGCAUCCUCAGGAAUUCUCAGAGUUCAGGCCAAUUAGCCUCAGCAAUGUGACUCACAAUAUUGUUUCUAAAGUUCUCAAUAACAGGUUUUCCAAGAUCCUUCCUAAGAUUAUCUCCUCUAAUCAAAGUGGCUUCAUGAAAGGAAGCGCUAUAGGUGAGAAUGUACUCCUAGCACAAGAAAUUGUUCACGAUAUUAGAAAGCCUAACAAAGGGGGGAAUGUGGUGAUAAAGCUGGACAUGAGCAAGGCCUACGACAGGAUUUCCUGGAAUUUCAUUUGUGUUGUUAUGAGGAAAAUGGGCUUCAAUGAGCACUGGAUUUUCAUCAUUUGGAAUCUGAUGUCCAAUGCCUGGUAUACGAUUUGCAUUAAUGGUAAAAGAAAUGGUUUCUUCAAAUCUCAGAGGGGGGUUAAACAAGGUGACCCAAUAUCGCCGGGUCUCUUCAUUAUUGCUUCGGAAGUGCUUUCAAGGCUGCUCAACAAGCUUUUCGAGGAUAAUAAAUUCAAUGGAUUCAAUAUGCCUACCAAUGGCCCUCCUAUAAAUCAUCUCUCAUACGCUGAUGACAUCAUCAUAUUUUCUUCUGGAAAAACCUAUACCCUCAUGAAAAUCAUGAAGUGCCUAAAAGAUUACCAGGAAAACUCUGGGCAAAUGAUCAAUGAAGGGAAGAGUUGUUUUCUGAUGGAUGACUCUAUUUCUACUAAAAGAUGCGAUGAUGAAGGGAGCAUUGGUGUAACAUCUCUGCAAGAAAUUGCAGAAUCCUUUUCUGCUAAGCUAUGGUGGACAUUCAGAACAGCCGAGUCCUUAUGGACCAAGUUUAUGAAGGACAAGUAUUCUAUGAGAAUUCACCCGAUGGCUAGAAAGUGGAACUAUACUCAUUCACACACAUGGAGAAAACUCAUGAAGAUUAGAGACAAAGUGGAUCAUCUACUCCACUGGAAGAUCAAUAAAGGCAAUACCCACAUCUGGUGGGAUAAUUGGAUGGGGACAGGAAAACUUGCUCGAUUUAACACCAAUACCUCCAUCAACAGCCCCUUACACCACUAUAUCCACCACAAGGAGUGGGACACGAAUAAGCUUUUAAAAAUUUUUCCUCUUGAGAUGGUGAACAACAUUCAGAAUAUCAAAAUUCAUUCUCUAGAUCAUAGUGAUCUCCCUAUAUGGACUCCAACUUGUGAUGGGAAGUUCACUUGUAAAUCAGCAUAG